UGUGAGAAGCGUUUCCCGGAAGUUGACAGGAAACUCGGCUCACUGCAUGUUCUCUUUAGCUUUACUCACAGUUUUGGUGUUAAGUUUAUAGAAACUACAACGUUUGAAUGCAGUAGUAAUGGAUUGGAAAGAAGGCAGUGGGUACCACACUCACAGCCAUGGUAAUGAUGGGCAAAGCAGUCACGGGACGCACGGUGUACAUGGUGGCCACUCGCAUGGCUUCAUGCCCAGUCUUCAGUUCUCGCAGAGGAGCGAAGCCAUGUUGGACCCCACACAGCAGCCAAAGAAAUACACACACGUUGAAGACAGCAGCAGUUGGGACAUUGUCAAAGCCACACAGUUUGGUGCAUUUGAUCGGUGUAAAGAGCUGGUCGAAGCAGGUUAUGAUGUUCGACAGCCUGAUAAAGAAAAUGUCACUUUACUGCACUGGGCAGCCAUUAAUAAUAGAGCAGACCUCAUCAAGUAUUAUAUAUCUAAAGGUGCAGUUAUAGAUCAGUUGGGUGGCGAUUUAAAUUCUACACCGCUCCACUGGGCCAUAAGGCAGGGUCACUUGCAAAUGGUGAUCCAGCUGAUGCGUUAUGGUGCUGAUCCAUCUCUUGUGGAUGGAGAGGGAUAUGGUGGCCUCCAUCUUGCUGUGGUUUUCCAACACAUGCCUAUUGCAGCAUAUCUGAUGGCCAAGGGUCAGGAAGUGGAUGCUCCAGCUGCAAACGGACAGACCUCACUGAUGCUGGCCGCUCAGAAAAUUAUUGGGCCAGAACCAACAAACUUCCUGCUGCGGUGUAACGCCUCUGUAAACGCAGUAGAUAAAGUGAAUAGGAACACGCCAUUGCACUGUGCCGUGCUUGCUGGUAAUGUCGAUGCUGCACAUAUCCUGCUGGAUUCUGGAGCUAGUGUGGAGCUGCAGAACGCCAGUGGUCACACACCAAUAGACUUGGCCCACCAGGUCCAUAGUCCUCUGCUGAUUCACAUGCUGAAUGUAGUGAAAAAUGAACGCAAAACAUCAAACACACGUUGCUUGAGAUUCUUCAACAAUUACCAGGCCUUGUUGCAGUGUGUCUUCAGUGUGUGUGUGAUGUGGGCUGUAGGAGCCAUAUUAAACAUAGGUUCUGAGUCAUGGCUGCUAAAAGGGGUUCUAUUGGCAUGUGUGCUCGCGAUGAUCAACCUCACCUGCAGGCGGGUAGCAAGUGCCACAGUUCAGAGUCUGGUUCCUUCCACCACCCUUAUUGCUUCCAUAUUUUGGAUGCUUGUCACCUGGUGCCUGUGGUUCCUGCCAGAUCGUCCCAGUACUGCCAUGCAGAUGAUGUUUCCCCUGACAGUAUUGGCUCUCCUGUAUUAUUACCUUCGCACCUGCAGAACCAACCCUGGGGUUAUCAGGGUGACUGAAGAAGAGAAAAAGAAGAAUAUCAUAGUCCUGGCAGAAGCAGGUUGCCUUGACCCCAGGAUUUUCUGCACAUCGUGUAUGAUGAAGAAGCCGAUGAGAGCUCAUCACUGCUUUUCCUGUAACUCUUGUAUCGCAAAGCAAGAUCAUCACUCUCUCUGGAUCAACGGUUGUAUAGGUGCCAGGAAUCAUCAGUUCUUUGUUCUUUUUCUUAUGACCUUCAGUCUCCUGUGUAGCUUGAUGCUGUACAGCAGUGUUAUGUACUGGUCGCAGAGGUGUGUGAAGAGGGUUUCAGAUGGGAUAUGGGAAAUGAUCAUUGAGCUGGUCACCUGCUCACCCUGGAUCACUUAUAUCUUUAUCAUUACCCUGUUCCACACAGUGUGGGCUUCAGUGAGCCUCACACAGCAACUUUACCAGAUUGCAUUUCUUGGACUGACAACUGCAGAAAGAGCGAGUUUGCUGCAUGGACAUCGGAAACUCCCUCACACUUACUCUCUAAGACAGAAUCCGUUCAACCGUGGUAUCCUGAAGAACCUGGUGAACUUCUUCCACCUGCAAUGCUGCGGUUUGUGCAAGCCGCUUGUGUUGGACUGGACUCAGGAGCUUCCCAUGGGUUUAAACCGAGACCAUCAGAUGUUUAGCAGCAUAGAUGCUGUCUGAGAUUACCAAUAUUGCUGAGCAUUCAAAUUUGUCAUAUUUGUAUCAUCACAGUGAAGGCCAGCUGUACUGUACACCAGGCACAUUUUACAUAAUCUGUCUUACUCUGAUCUAUUUGACCAAAAAUACAUGUCUGUUGGGCAUGUGCCAAUAUUUAACUGUACAGUGCCUUGUAUAAGAAUUCGUCCCCCUUUGAGCUUUUAUUAAUACAUAAAUAUAAAUACAUACAUACAAGCAUAUGCCUCUUUCUGGAAGUAAAAUUGUUGAACAAACUUCUUUAUGAAAAUAAAAGGACUAUCAAAACCAUGUCUGGGAGAAAAUGUAUUAAAAAAAAAUCCCAGACCCUUAACAGUGUCACACCAUGACUGUAAAGGUCACAGCAUAAUGCUAUCACCACUCUAGUUUUUUUUUUUUUUUUGGUUUAAAAAAAAAAUCAUUGCAAGAGGUAUUGAUUUCCCAUCACGUCAAUAUUGUUGGCUAUUUUAUGUAGAUUCAUUAUGAUCAAGCCCAUUUCAAGGGGGCUCAUAAUACUUAUGCAAGACAUUGUACAUAGCAGUACCUUUAAUCACAUUAUUAACCUAGAGCUGUAAAUGUUGUUCAUACAGUCUCGUGCAAUGAAGAGAACUCUGGACUCGCCUGCUCUGCAAAGGACAAUCCUUAUACUCUCUUGGGAGCCCCAGCAGACUACCCACCAAUAACUUUUAUCAAUUUCCCAUGUGUUUAACAGUUAUUUGUAUCUGCCCAAUCUAUGGUGUACAGCUAAAGGCCAAAUAGAAAGCUUAGUGGUGUGUGUGCAUUAACACACACAUUUUAUAUAUAAAUUAGUGUGUGUGUAAAUAAAAUUGUUCAGAAUAA